AUGGGUGAUGUUGAAAAGAGCAAGAAGAGUUUUGUUCAGAAGUGUGCCGGGUGCCACACUGUGGGAAAGGGAGGCAAGCACAAGACCAGCCCAGAUCUCUAUGGUCUGUCUGGGCAGAAGACAGGCCAGGCUGCGGGAUUUUCUUACACAGAUGCCAACAAGGACAAAGGCAUCCCCUGGGGAGAGGGUGCCCUGAUGGAGUAUUUGGAGAAUCCCGAAAAGUACAUCCCUGGAACAAAAAUGAUCUUCACUGGAAUCAAGAAGAAGGGAGAAAGGGAGACCUAA